AAAGGAAGCACUACAUAGUUAAAGAACAACAUUCAACGGGUGCAGAUGAACAACGAGCAAUAGUAAUAAUAAUAAAAAAAAUGAUCAAAAAAUGUUAUAAAAAAGUGUUAAGCAAGUGUUUAGUGAGAAUUUGUAAUUAAAUUAAAAGAAAUCUUUUAAUGAAUGGAACUCAUAGGUCUUAGUGACAAUUUGUGAUUUUAAGCAAUUCUAUUUAGUGUUUAAAUAGUGAAAUAAUAAAACAAUGAACUGUAAAAAAUUUUUUACUCGGUAUGGACAAUUCAUUGCAAUUUUCUUUGGAAUUUCCUCAAUAAUUGCCGGAAUUUUGUUUAUGUUGUUUUUCCCGUCUAUGUUUGACAAAAUAUUUUUCAAGCAAUUAGCACUACAGGAAGGGUCAAAAAGUUAUGAAUACUGGACAUCACCACCACAACCUCUCUAUUUAGAUGUAUACUUAUGGAAUUGGACAAAUCCAGAAGAAUUUACAAAUAAAUCAAUAAAUCCACACUUUGAGGAAGUUGGACCGUUUAGAUUUCAAGAGAUUCCAAAAAAGGUCGACGUGAAAUUUCAUAAUAACAAUUCCACCGUUAGUUAUCGGAAAUCAAGUCAGUAUUUCUUCAUUCCAGAACAAAGUAAAGGUCGAAUGAACGAUGUCAUAACAUCUAUUAAUGUCAUAGCUCUCUCUGCUGCAUCACGUGCAAAAUACUGGGGAUUUCUUGGGACACGAGCAAUGACAUUUGGUUUUAAAUUAUAUAAUGCAAGUUAUUAUGUCACCAAAAGUGCCGGCGAGUGGCUGUUUGAUGGAUUUGAAGACCCAAUGAUUGAUAGUGCCAAAAACAAUCCAUUCAUUACGAACAUUCCAAUGAUGUUUGACAAAUUUGGGUGGUUCUAUAAGAAAAAUAACACAGACAUAAUGUUGGGAGAUUUCAACGUGGAUACAGGUGUUGAGGACAUUAGUAAAAUUGGAAAUAUUCGAUUAUGGAAUCAUGAGUCACAGACAGAAUUUUAUGAAGGUCGAUGCGGCAAGUUGACUGGUUCGGGUGGUGACUUUUUCACUCCAAACAUCACAAAAAAUGAUGUCUUAGAACUUUUUUCACCUGAAAUGUGCAGAAGCAUUCCGAUGGAUUUCGAGGAAGAGGUCACAAUUCACGGAAUAAAAACAUUAAAAUUCAGUGGAGGCGAUCGUGCUGUUGAUAACGGAACUUUGUUCCCUGAAAAUGAGUGUUUCUGUUCUGGUGAAUGUGUACCGCGAGGACUGUUUAAUGUGUCAUCUUGUCGAUAUGGAACUCCAGUUUUUAUGAGUUUCCCACACUUUUAUUAUGCUGAUGAGUUUUAUCACCGUCAAGUUGAUGGAAUGUCGCCCGAUAAAGAAAAGCAUAAGUUCUUCAUGGCAUUUGAACCUAAAUCAGCAAUACCACUUCAGGUUGCUGCUCGGUUUCAAAUAAAUCUCCUUAUCGAACCAAUUCCAUCAAUAGGAUUGUAUCGGGACGUACAGAAGAAGUUCAUGCCGAUUCUGUGGUUCGAACAACAUGUCAAAAUGAGUAAAAGUAUCGCGGAUGAAAUUAAACUUGUUCUUAGAAUGCCACAAAUAGGACAAGCGAUAGGAGCUAUACAAUGCAUCAUUGGUUUUAUUAUUUUAAUGGCAGUUCCAAUAGUAAAGCUGAGCACUUAUAGACGGAAAAGAAAAAUAAAGGAUUUUGAUAUAAAUGGCAACGUACUGCUGGCUGUUAAUAAAUUAAAUGAAAAUUUGUUAUUGCCUGCAGAUAACAAGAGCAGAGAACUGCAGAGAACGAUACCCGAGACUAAAAUAUUACUUAACAAGAAGUAACUCAUAUUUUGUGAAUGCUUGUGAGAU